UACAAAUAGUUAUUUCCUUAUAGUACAUCUCGUGCAUUACAUAUAAGUUUUCUUAAGUUAAGGGAUUAUUUAUAGGGACGGUUCAAUUUGACCCCUAAAUUUAAACUUAAGGAAACUUAUCGCUAAUGCAUGCAAUAUAUCUAUAGGAAAACAAACCCAACUAACAAGGACACUAACAAAGAGAUAAGAUUUGCUAAGUAUAAUAUAUGCAGUAAUGAAAUAUGCGCAAAGUCUACAAGUGGAACGGGGCACUUGAGGAAGCACAUUGCAUGUUGUAAGAAAAAAUCCAAAGUUUCUACUGAAACAAUGUAAUUUUCGGAGCAUAGGUUGUACUCUUUUUUCUUUCUAGUAGAAAUUUUUUUAAUGAGGCAACCAAUUAAUAAAGCUCAUUUUAUCUAUUUUCCUUUUUUUUGAUUUUUUGAGUUUUUUCCUAUGUUUUUCGUAAAUUUUAUUGAGUUUCUCUGAAUUUUUCCUUUUUUAAUUUUUUCUGAUUUUCACGUCCUAACGUGCUUAGCGGGCCAAAUCAGGCACAUCGGGCCUACUGUGCCACAGGUCGGCACGGCACGGCCCGACCUUAGGUGGGCCGUGCCUUGGGCUGAUUUCUCAGCACGCGGGCUAGCACGGCACAGCUUGCUUGGUUAACAGGCCAUGCCAUUUCCAGGCCCUGGCCGUGCCAUGCCAGGCCGUCCAUUUGGCCAGCCAGAAUGGUUGUUGUAGUGACAUAGAACAAUACCUCACUGCUACAGUACCGUUCUAGUAUUGUCGACACAACAGUUGUGGUGGACAAUGGCUUUCACAAAAUAUCGUUUUGUAAGAAAGAAAAUUCAUUCUAUGAUGUCUUGUGGUUUCCAAAAUUGGAAAACAAAAAGGGGAUGUAUAACAUGUUUGAUCGUUUGUGAACUGAGAACUCCAUAGGUGCUGUGGUGAGCAGAUUCCCUAGUAGCACUAGAAUAAUAUCGAGCGUGAUUGAUAUGUCUUGCCUGACGAGUUUUUUUGUCCCAAUUAUGUUAUAAAGUUCAAAGCCAUAUAUUUAUGCCCCCCCCCCCCCUCAGUUAUUGGAAGUUGUUGAUUUUUAUGAGUAAUGUACUAGAGAAGUAUCGGCAUUGCAAGAUAAAUGCUUGGCACUGCAUUCAACAGCGAGAAAACAUUUUUUAUUCUACUGGGGCAUGAUAUUUACCUGAGGUUCCAAGUGGAGCAACGGGAUACUACCUUCUUGGAGUAAUUUACAGGUGCACUGGCAGAAUGUCAGCCGCAGCUGAACAAUUUACACAAGCUUUAACUCUAGAUCCUCUUUUAUGGGCAGCAUAUGAAGAAUUGUGUAUGAUAGGUGUUGCUGAAGAUGCAGAUGAGAGUUUUAGCGAAGCAACUGCUCUACGUCUCCAGCAGGAGCAGACAUCCAAGUCAAUUCUGGACAAGUCAAACUUUGUCAAUGGGAAUCGAGUUCUAUCUUCCAGUGUGUCUGCAAUCCUCGGGGAUAGUAGCCAUAAGCAAAUCAAACAGCUUCAUGCUAACAACACAGCAGAAGUACCUGUUUAUACUCAUGUAAGAGCACCUGCAUUGCAUGCGCAGAACAGCGUACCCUCUAAUGUAGCACAGUUUGACACCCCAUCACCAACAGCAACACAGAAUUCUGGUCUUAUGCCGCCGCCACUCUUUAGGAACGUCCAUGCUUAUCAUAAUACAAUAAGUAGUGAUACUCCUGCCAAACAAAAGGCUAAUGCAGGGAACCAACCACUCAGAAGAAAAUACCUGGAUGAAGCAAGGCUAAAGAAGGUUUCUGGAAGGCUGUUUAAUCAGAGUAUUGAUUCAGUACCUCGAAGAAGUGCAAGACUUUCUCAAGAUACUACAAUAAAUUUGAAUUCAAAUGUCUCUCGGUUUAGAGGGAAUGGAAUUGAUCACUCGUCAGGUAAAUUGCGAGUAAACUCGUCCACACCAUCCAAAUUGUGUUCAACAGCCGUGCGUUCCGUGCAAGUUAGGGAAGGAAAACCACGGGCUACAGAAAAUUUUAAUGAAGGAAGCAGAUACGAAGUUGUCGAUGAAAUGUGCACAGAGAAUAUAUCAGCAACAUCAUCUGUAAGUAUAGCUGAUGGAAGAUGCUUUGGGCAAGAUAAAGCUGAACGCAUUCUGUCGCGUGAAUCCGAUUUGGCAGUUGGUAUCAGGGAGCUAUUGGGACUUUUGCGAACACUUGGGGAAGGUUUUAGGCUUUCUUGCUUGUUUAAGUGCCAGGAAGCAUUGGAAGUCUACAGAAAACUGCCAGAGCCACAAUUUAAUACUGGAUGGGUUCUAUGCCAGGUUGGUAAGGCAUAUUUUGAAUUGGUUGAUUAUUUAGAAGCUGAUCAUUACUUUGAGUUAGCGCAUCGACUGUCGCCAUGUACGCUGGAGGGAAUGGACAUAUACUCCACUGUUCUCUAUCAUUUGAAUGAGGAGAUGAGACUAAGCUACCUUGCCCAAGAGCUUAUCUCCAUUGAUCGACUAUCUCCUCAAGCAUGGUGUGCGGUGGGGAAUUGUUUUGCCUUGAGGAAAGAUCAUGAGACUGCUUUGAAGAAUUUCCAACGUGCUGUACAGCUGGACUCAAGAUUUGCAUAUGCUCACACUCUAUGUGGCCACGAGUAUUCUGCAUUGGAGGAUUAUGAGAAUAGUAUUAAGUUCUAUCGAUGUGCACUUCAGGUAGAUGAAAGGCACUACAAUGCCUGGUAUGGCCUCGGGGUGGUGUAUCUUCGCCAGGAAAAGAUUGAGUUUGCUGAGCAUCAUUUCAGAAGGGCAUUUCAGAUAAAUCCUCGCUCUUCAGUUCUUAUGUGCUAUCUUGGGAUGGCCUUGCAUGCUUUAAAGAGGAAUGAGGAUGCAUUGAAAAUGAUGGAGAAAGCUAUAUUUGCUGAUAAGAAGAAUCCACUGCCCAAGUAUCAGAAGGCUUUAAUCCUUCUAGGCCUUCAAAAAUAUCCGGAAGUUCUGGAUGAGUUGGAGCGGCUGAAGGAGAUUGCACCUCAUGAGAGUAGUAUGUAUGCGUUGAUGGGGAAGAUCUACAAGCAACUCAAUAUUCUUGACAAAGCUGUUUUUUGCUUUGGCAUUGCCCUGGAUUUGAAACCACCUGCUGCUGACCUUGCUAUAAUUAAGUCUGCAAUGGAGAAAGUACACCUUCCAGAUGAACUGAUGGAGGAUGACCUUUAAGCUCACUCUAUAAAGCACAGUGACAAAGAAACAUUUAGGUCUAUGAUGGCCUGCUUGUGCUUUAAGAGUUCCUGGCCUGCUUGUGCUUUCCGAGUGGAACUCGGAUGUUAAGGAAGAAAGCGCUUCAUGCUGAUCAGAUUUUGCUGCUCCGACGGAUUCUCUCGCGAGGCGUUACUGUACCAUUAACCAUCAGUUUUGUAGCUUUAGUUGUAACCUGUAAUCAGAGAACACAUGCACAGCAACUGCAGUAGUUUAGAACUGUGUACAAGUUGAGUGUUGGCAAUGAGGCAUGUAUCAUUGCACAAUCGUCAGGUUAGCAAAGGAAAUCGUUGUCAAAUAACAGCAAUUACCGGAGGACGAAGAUCCUGCUGAUUCAAGCAGAUCGCGUGUCACGUCAGCUGACUCUUGUGUCAUAUUCAAGGUUGAAAGCAUUUCUGCACGAGUAAAAAAUUUCGAGGCGGCAGACGAAAGGAUGCUUCGGUGAGUCAGCCUCGCCCCACUGUAAGUGAUGUGGAGAUAAAGAUAGGCCUUAUGUGCAAGCAAAGUGUAACUUCCCGUUCUAUUGCUAGUAGCUUUUAUGAUUGCUGGCUUGCUGCUUAUCGGGGCAUCAUUAAGCUAUGAUUAAGAGGAGAAUGUUGCAGAGAUGAGCAUUUUCUGGAAAAGUUUUACUUUUGCAUGGUGCAAUGUGAUACACUUGUUUAUUUACGUGGACUUGGAAAUGAUCUGGUAAGAUCUGUUUUGGUCCCCCCGAACAUGGCGGCUCAUCUGGUGCACAAAACACGAGGUGUCUCUUACCAUUUGAAGCUACAUUGCAGCGAAUUAUU